UUAAAAAAAAAGACAUUUAUCUAUUUAUGCAGUCUCCGCCGAUUCAUUAGCUUAAACGCCACGACGGAUCCGUGAAAUGUAUUUUGGAAGUGACCGACUAUCGACUUUAAACUAACGAGAAAAUAUUACCAACCAAGAGAGAUUUUCUUUAACCGGAUCACCAUCAUGAAUGACUUGAGUCCUUGGGUUGGUGCUGCUAUGUUGAUCGGCUUGGUAACCUUGCCGCAGCAGAAUGAAGGUGUGUGCAUUCAUCAAGGGUCAUUUUAUGCGAAUAAUACUGUUUGGAAGCCAGAUUCUUGCCAAGUUUGCAGCUGCCACAGCGAUAUCGUCCUGUGCACUGUUAUCCCAUGUCAGAACCCACAGUGUGAUUUCCACAAGGGGGAAGUCUUCAAAAUAAAUCCAAAUAAUUGCUGCCCUGAGUGUGCUUUGAGGACACAAAACUUCUGUGACUAUGAAGGACAGAUUCAUGGGGAUGGCACGGAAUGGAUGAGUACAGAUUGUAUUGUUUGUUCCUGUACCAAUAAGCAAGUUAAAUGUAGCUUAAAUUGUCCCUCCAUUUCUUGUGGGAAAGGAGAGACUAUGUACACCCCACCUGGAGAAUGCUGCCCAAAAUGUGUCAAGACCGGAGAUUCAUGCUUGUUUGAGGGAAGAGUGUACCGGGAUGGUGAAGAUUGGAAACUGACUGCCUGUUCAAAAUGUGUCUGCAACAAUGGGGAAGCACAAUGCUACACUGCAGAAUGCCAGCCAGUGUAUUGUAAAGGGGAUGAAGAUGUAGUAUUGCAGGUUGGAAAGUGCUGUCCUGACUGCCUGCCAAAAUCCUGUCCAUUGGCAGGGAAGGAGUACAAGCAUGGUGACCAAUGGGAAAAGGAUGAAUGCACCAGCUGCAUAUGUGACCGUGGUGAAAUAAGAUGCUUUACGCAGAUGUGCCCAGCACUGACUUGUGAAAAGGGGCAGAAUAAAGUUAAAAGAUUUGGACGUUGCUGUGAGGAAUGUGUGCCUGGGAAAGGACAUUGCCAGUAUGAAGGUGUCAUCAGGUACCAUGGAGAGAUGUGGAAUAUGACUGGCUGCGAGUUCUGUAUGUGCGAGAAAGGACAGGUACUCUGCCAAAUAGCAGAGUGUGCCAGGGUGGAGUGCUUGUGGGGUGAAGAAUUGCUGCAUUUGCCUGGAAAAUGCUGUCCUGAAUGUGUGCCGGUGGCCAGUUACUGUGUCCAUAAAGAGCAAAGCACAGAGAUGCACCAUUCAGAUUUGAAAGGUGAAAAACACCUGCAGGCCAACAAAGCUGCUGCCAUCAGGAAGAAGGUACAGGAGCCUCAGGACUCACACCAGCAGAAUGGAGAGAAAUGGCAUGAAGGUCCUUGUAAAGAAUGUGAAUGUCGAGAUUCACAGGUGACCUGCUAUAAGCGCUCCUGUCCUCUGUGUCCUGCUGGUAGCCUUGCUGUGAAAAUGAAUGGGGAAUGCUGUCCUGAUUGCCAACCAGUUUUGUGCCAUCCUGAUUGCCUGACCUGUACACAGUCUCCUGAUCAUUGUGAGAUCUGCAAGAAUGAGAGCAGAGUUCUGCAGAAUGGCCGCUGUCUGGAGCACUGUGACCCUGGAUUCUAUGAAUUAGCUGGAUUGUGUAAAGUGUGUGACAAGUCGUGUGCCACAUGUCAAAGUGAAUUUGAGUGCACUCUGUGUAAGGACUCCUUGCUGCUGAAGAAUGGCCAGUGUGUGACUUCUUGUGGGGAAGGGCAUACUCAGGAUCAUUUGCUGUGUACAGCUUGUCAUGAAUCCUGCUCGAUGUGUCAUGGUCCUUCAGGAAAUAAUUGCAUUAGCUGCAGGGAUCCAUCGCAUCAGCUGAAAGAUGGUGCCUGUGUUGCCAGCUGUGGACCUGGAGACUUCACAAAGAAUGGAAGUUGUCAUGCAUGUGACUCAUCGUGCCAGACUUGCCAUUAUGAUGAUUCAAGAUGCCUGAGCUGUUCUGAAGACAGAGUUAUGUACAAUGGGAAGUGUGUCUCACAUUGUGCUGAAGGCUUUUACAAAGAUGUGGCUAGCAGAUGUGCAGCUUGCCACGUAUCCUGUGCAACCUGUGCUGGCUCUUCCCCUGUGCUUUGCACCUCCUGUGCUGAGCAGCAUGUCCUACACAAAGGCCAGUGUCUCUCAGCCUGUCCUGAGGGAUUUUACUCUGCACAUGGAACAUGCCAAGCCUGCAGCCCCCCUUGCCGAGUGUGCAUUGGACCCAAGCAUUCACAAUGUGUCAGUUGUCUCAAAGCUGAAGAGUCCGUUCAGAUUUAUCAGGAGACUGAUGGAGUGCCACAUGGAGUGUGUGUGGCUAACUGCAAGCCGCAUUUCUUCCCGAGUGCCACUAAAGUGUGCAUCGAGUGCCAUUCCACUUGCAAAAGCUGUACAGGGAGCAGUCCUCAGAACUGCACAGCCUGUUCUUCAUCGAGAGUCCUACAUGAAAGCAGAUGUCUCCAUAGAUGUCCAGAAGGAUUUUAUAGUCAAGACAAGGCCUGUUAUUCUUGUCAUCCUUCUUGCAAAGAAUGUGAUGGUCCCUCAGAUGCUGACUGUGUGACAUGCCACCCUCACGCUACCCAGCUGAAUGGAUAUUGCAGAACUGGCUGCACUGGGGGCCAGUACCUGAACCAAGUUGGAUACUGUGUUGCUUGCCAAGCGGAGUGCCAUCGGUGUGUGGCUAACCUUCAAGGUGCAGGCAGUGUCUGCUUGACCUGUGAGGACAACCGCAAGCUGUUGCUCGGAGACCACUGCGUUUCUCAUUGCCCUAAGGGGUACUUCAUGAGCAGCAGUACUUGCAGAAGAUGCCACCCGUCAUGUAAAGCCUGCAGUAGUGGAGGAGCCUCUGGUUGUACUGACUGUGAAGCAGACCUGGUUCUUGCCCAGAAUGGCGUGUGUAUGAGUGCCUGCCCCCAAACGUAUUACAGUGAUAGUGAUCGGAUUUGCCGGCCCUGCAGUAGUCAAUGUUUGACUUGUGAGUCAGAUUCAGCCUGUUUGAUCUGUAAAGACCCAACUAAAGUUUUACUCUUUGGCGAAUGUCAAUAUAGGAACUGUGCCCAACAGUACUAUAUAAACUAUUCUUCAGGAAUUUGUCAAGAGUGUGACUGGACCUGCAAUGCUUGUAAGGGGCCCCUCAAAACUGACUGCCUACAGUGCAUGGAUGGCUAUAUUUUGCAAGAGGGCUCCUGUGUAGAGCAGUGUAAAGUGGGCUUCUACAAAGCAGGAGAUGAAUGUAUACGAUGUAAUGAACGCUGCUUGAAGUGUAUCAGAUACGAUGUGUGCAUCCAUUGCGAGACACCUUACCUUCUGUUAGGAACACAAUGUGUUCAAGACUGUGGAAAAAGAUAUCACUCUGAUCAUGAUCAUCAAAGAUGCAUAGAUUGCUCGAGUGGGUGUUUGGAAUGUGACAGUGCCUUGCAGUGCAAGCAUUGUGAUAGCACCACCUUUCUGAAGAACACACUUUGUGUUUCUGACUGCGGUCCAGGUUACUAUGGCAAUGUGUACAAGAGAAUAUGUGAAGUUAAUAUUUAUCCACCUGUCAUUCACACGACUAGCCCUCUAUUUGUGGGAAUUGGUGGCAACCAGGUACUGAACACUUCUGUCCUGAGUAUAUCUGAUGUUGACACACCCAGUGAGAACCUUGUCCUCUAUGUUGUCGACCCUCCUGACAAUGGGAGAUUAACUAGAAUGCAGAAAGGGGUAAAGAAUGAUCUUCAGAAAGGAGACACGUUCACCACUGCAGAGCUGAAGGAACACAGCAUCUACUUCAUUCAUGAUAAAGAUAAAUCCAGGAAGGGGAAACUUACCCUGAGAGCCAGUGACCACCAACUGUUCUCCCUUCCAGAGAUAAUUAAAAUACAAGCUCUUUCAUUCAAGGGCCCGUAUGUGCUGACUAAUAAAGUCUUAUUGCUCAGUAGAGGUGAACUAGGUACCAUUUCUAACCUGGUUUUGGACAUUCGUGAUGAUGACAAUCCCUCAGAUGUUGUACUAUGGGUUUUGGGCCCACCGAAACACGGACACCUUAUUUUGCUCCCAGCGGACGUCAAGGUACAAAUGUUCCAACUGGAAGAUCUCGAAAGGGGACAGGUGUGUUACGUUCAUGAUGGAGUAAAUAGCCUGCCUGACAAAAUUCUUCUACAAGCAAAUGAUGGCCAUAAUGUCCUGAAUGUUCUCCUCCUGAUCAACAUAAUCCAAAAGGAGAAUGGCAAAGGACUACAACUCCUGAAUAACUUGCCAGGAUGGGUCCCUGAAGGCGGGUUACUAAAGAUCACGAACAGACUACUGAAGGCAGAAGACCAAGAUGCCAAUGAUUCAGAAAUCAUCUUCAAUCUCGUAGAUGCAAAGGAAAGCCCUAAAUAUGGUGAUAUAGUCCUUAUGUUGCCGAUGCCAGCGGACAGUCCAGCAGAUGGUUGGCAAAGGCUGCCUGAUGUGAAAACGGCUACUGUUACAAGCUCAUUUACACAGCAGGAUCUCAAUGAUGGCAUGGUGUGGUAUCAACAUUCAGGAGUUGCCUCUACGGAAGAUUCAUUCAUUUUUCAGGUAUCAGACAAUGCCGGGUCCUACAAUGGAGAAGAAAGCCAUAUAUUUAAAAUUGGAAUUUUGCAGGAAAACAAGGAUGCUCCACAGCUAGCUCCAGGAAUUAUUACCCCACUACAGAUCACCGCACUUGAAGACAGAGUUACAAUAAUCCAGGCUACACAAUUAUCCUUCGUAGACAGAGACACACCAAACCAGGAUCUAAUCUAUAAUAUCACAGUUCCACUGCUCCCAGAUCACGGUACACUUGAACGCUCUGACAAACCUUUCUUCCCAGUCACGUCGUUCACUCAGGCUGACAUUGACAGUGGGAGGAUUCUGUACCGACCUCCAGCUGCAUCUUUCCACGUGCAAGGCUUCUUCAAAUUCUCCUUCACUGGUCUGCCUGAGUCGGUGAACUUCCUUUUCAGAGUUUCUGAUGGUAAACACACCUCUCCAGAAAUGGAGUUUACCAUACAUCUGUUGUCCACUAAUCAACAGCCUCCCAUUUUUGAAAUAUCAGAACCUUUCAUAGAGGUCAGCCAAGGAGGCAGAGCAGCUGUCGGUUUGAGUCAGCUAGCUGUACGUGAUGCAGACACACACCCAGAUGAUCUUCUUUUUGAGCUGGUUGAACCCCCUCAAUUUGGAGUGCUGAUUAAGUCAGACUACAGCGAGCCAGUAGAAAUGGUGAAAGGAGAAACCUUCACGCAUGAUGAUGUGGUACGGAACAUACUCCAUUACGUGCAUGAUGGCACCCCAGCUACUGAGGACAGUAUGCAAAUCUUAGUCACUGAUGGAGUUACUACAGCAACAACACUGCUGGAAAUCCAUGUCUCAGGAACAGACAGUGAGGGACCUCAGCUUGUACCCGGUUCUCUGUUAACUAUUUCAGUGCCAGAGAAAAGCUUUGCAACUAUAACAAGAUCUCACCUGGCUUACGUUGAUAAUAAUUCACCUGAGAGUAAAAUACGGAUUCAGUUGAUAUCUCUACCCAUGUAUGGAUUUCUCACCAAUGGCCACCAGGAGAUGUUGGAAUUUUCAACUUUUACGAUGGAAGAUAUUGAUAACCAAAGAAUUAGAUACACUACCGACUACGAUGCCAACAAUCAACCUGUCACUGAUAUUUUCCACUUUACCGUCUAUGAUGUUGAUAAUUACCGUCUCGAUAACCAAAUAUUUACCAUUACCAUCACUGGUAGCAAGAACCACUCACCACUUGUUGACCCCAGGGGUAAAUUUAUUCACAAGAAAGGUGAACCUCCAAGCAUGACAAUUGAAGCUGUGCAAGUAAAGAAAGGAACGGGUGCUGUGAUCAGAAACACCUCACUUAGUCUGAUUGAUCUGGAUACACCUGAGGAUGAACUAGUGUUCAGAGUGACCAAAAAGCCCAGCCAUGGCAAACUUUGGAAAAGACAAUUUUAUACAGAGCCUCUGGAAAAUGGCCGUGUGUUGACACAAGGCUCCUCCUUCACCUACCAGGAUGUGCUAGAUGAGUUAAUUGUUUACACCCAUGAUGGAAGCAACGUGGAGUCAGAUGAAGUCCGCUUAUCCUUUACUGAUGGCCUGUACACAGAAAAUGGGAAAAUGGAGUUCUUCAUUUUAAAGCAGAAGAAUGAAUCACCACGAUUAUCAAUCAACCGUGGCCUACAGUUCUCAGCAGGGUCUGUCUCAGUAAUAACACAGCAGCACCUUCGAGCUACAGACAUUGAUUCCGAUGAUGAAAAGCUCACGUUUGUUAUAACCAAAGACCCCACAGUUGGACGACUGCAGAUGUCGAAAACUGACAAUUUGGUUCAAAUUUCAAUCAGGGGACCUAUUAAAAAAUUCACUCAAGCUGACAUUAACAAAGGAUAUAUAGAGUAUAGACAUGAAAAGGGAGAGCCAGGUGGAAGUUUUGCUUUUAAAUUUGACGUUUUGGAUACAGAUGGAAAUAAGCUCCUCGAUCAGUCCUUCUUCAUCACUGUUUUUGACGAUAAGCUUCCACCUACUAUUGUAGUUAACAAAGGUUUAGUACUGGAGGAAAACUCGGUGAAAAAAAUAACAACACUUCAGCUGUCAGCAACAGACCAGGACAGUGAACCCGGGGAACUGACUUACACAUUAAGCAAGCAGCCUCAGUUGGGCCAUAUUGAGCAUACUGCUUCUCCAGGAACAAAGGUCACCCAUUUCACUCAGGCCGAUCUUGCAGCCCGCAGCAUUCAAUAUGUCCACACAAGCGAUGAAGAGAAACAUUCUGAUGAUUUCACCUUUUCGGUGUCCGAUGGUGUCAAUGAGGUGACUCAAACGUUUUCCAUUACUAUACGCCCUGUGGAUGAUGCACUGCCAGUGGUGCAGAUCCCCGGAAUGCGAGUGCAGGAGGGAGUGAGAAAGACGAUCACUGAAUUUGAGCUGAAAGCUACUGAUGAAGACACCGAGGCUGAGUCUUUAAUCUUCUCCAUUGUACAACCGCCCCGCCAUGGGACUAUUGAACGGACCAGUAAUGGCUACCACUAUCGUCAGACCAACACCUUUACGAUGGAUGAUGUUUAUCAGAACCACAUCAGCUACAAUCAUGAUGGCAGUAACUCUCUCAAAGAUCGCUUUUCUUUCACUGUGUCUGAUGGGACCAAUCCUUUUUUCAUCGUUGAAGACGCAGGAAAGGAGAUUGUGACAGCUGCUCACCAGAAGUUUAAGAUUGAUAUUCUACCAGUGGACGAUGGGACUCCAAGAAUUGUUACCAACCUGGGACUACAAUGGCUGGAGCUCAUGGACAAAAAAGCUAUGAAUCUGAUCACCAAGAGGGAACUGUUGACUAUUGAUCCUGACACUGAAGACAAUCAACUGGUUUAUGAGAUUACCUCUGAACCAAGCCAUGGGCACCUGGAGAACAAGCUAAUUCCUGGAGUUCCUCUAAUAACAUUCACACAGGAGGAUAUUAACUUGGGUUUGAUCAGCUAUGUUCUAAGUGAAGAUAAGAUUCAGAAGACGAUGGAUGCAUUCAGGUUUUUGGUGAAGGACAGCAAGCCUAACAUUGUCAGCGAUAACGUGUUCCACAUCCAGUGGUCACUCAUCAGCUUUGAGCAUACCAGCUACAAUGUGAGUGAAAAGGCAGGCUCUGUGAGCAUCACAGUGAAGAGGACUGGUAACCUCAAUCAGUAUGCCAUUGUUCUGUGUCGUACUGAGCAAGGAUCAGCAACCUCUACUUCUGGAGCUGGCUCAAAGCUGGGCCAGCAGGAUUAUGUGGAGUAUGCGGGUCAGGUUCAAUUUGACGAGAGAGAGGAUAGAAAGAUUUGUACAAUUGUUAUAAACGACGACCAGGUGUUUGAAAAUACCGAAAGCUUCGUUGUGGAGUUGAGCAUGCCUGCAUAUGCAUUGCUUGGGCAGAUUACCAGGGCCAAGGUGAAUAUCAAUGAUACAGAGGAUGAGCCUACUCUGCAGUUUGACAAGAAGUUCUAUCGAGUUAAUGAAAGUGCUGGAUUCUUGUUUGCUCCGAUUGAAAGGAAAGGAGACACCAGUAGUAUGGUCUCUGCCAUCUGCUACACUCUGCCUAAAACAGCCAAGGGCAGCAGCCUGUAUGCCUUGGAGUCCGGUUCUGAUUUCAAAUCGAGAGGAAUGACAAAUGACAAUCGUGUGGUCUUUGGCCCUGGUGUAAGCAUGUCGACAUGUGAUGUAAAGCUGAUUGAUGACAGUGAAUAUGAAGAGGAGGAGGACUUUGAGAUCAUCUUGGCUGACGCCUCUGACAAUGCACGGAUUGGGGAAGUUGCUGCUGCCAAAGUAAUAAUAAAUGGCCCCAAUGAUGCCUCUCUGGUAUUUCUUGGGAACUCAUCUUUUACUGUUAGUGAAGAUGCAGGCUCCCUUGAGAUACCGAUCAUCAGGCACGGCAGUGAUCUCUCCACCCCUACGUCAGUGUGGUGUGCUACCCGCCCUUCAGACCCGCCAUCUGCGACGCCAGGCAUCGACUAUAUCCCCAGUUCCAAGAGGGUUGAUUUUGCACCUGGCAAAACAGAAGCGACUUGUGUUUUAACUAUUCUGGAUGAUGUGCAGAAUCCUAUCAUUGAAGGGAAUGAAACUUUCAUUGUAUUCCUGAGCUCAGCGCAAGGAGCAGAACUGACUAAACCGUACCAAGCCAUCAUUGCAAUCAAUGACACCUAUCAGGACGUCCCAAGCAUGCAGUUUGGUAAGGAUGUCUACAGAGUAAAAGAAAAAGACGAUGAGUUGAAUGUUCCCAUAAUUCGAAUGGGUGAUCUCAGCUAUGAAUCCUCUGUGAGAUGUUAUACACAGCAGCUGACUGCAACACUAAUGGAGGACUUUGAAGAAAGAAGAAAUUCAGACGAAUCACGCCUUACAUUCCAGAAAGGAGAAAAGGUGAAGAACUGCACAGUGUUGAUAAAUGAUGAUACCGUCUUUGAGCCAGAGGAGAAGUUCCAGCUUCACCUGGGCCAUCCCAUGGGCAAUCACUGGAGUGGAGCCAAAGUUGGGAAAAAUAAUGUGGCCACUAUAACUAUCUCAAAUGAUGAAGAUGCCCCAACGAUUGAAUUUGAAGAACCAGCAUACCAGGUGCAUGAGCCGCUGGGCCCUGACACCAUUGCAAUACUGAAUAUCAAGGUGUUGAGGAAAGGGGAUCAGAACAGGACGUCGAAGGUUCGCUGCAGCACUCGGGAUGGCUCUGCACAGUCUGGCAUAGACUAUAACCCGAAGAGCAGGGUUCUCAAAUUCAGUCCGGGCAUUGACCACAUCCUCUUUAACGUGGAGAUCCUCUCCAAUGAAGAGAGAGAAUGGCACGAGUCCUUUUCCCUGGUGCUGGGGCCAGGUGACCCUGUUGAGGCUAUUCUUGGUGACGUAACCAUGGCCACAGUGACGAUUCUCGACCAGGAGGCAGCAGGGAGUCUAAUUUUGCCCGCACCGCCUAUUGUGGUGUCUUUAGCCGAUUAUGACCACGUUGAAGAGGUAACAAAGAAAGGAGCCAAAAAGGCCCCAUCUCCUGGCUACCCACUGGUGUGUGUAACACCCUGUGACUCACGAUUCCCAAAGUACUCAGUUAUGAAGGAGCGCUGUGACGAGGCAGGAAUUAACCAGUCUACCAUCCGCUUCAGCUGGGAAGUGGCUGCACCCACAGAUACAAGUGGAGCCAGGUCCCCCUUUGAGACUGUCACAGACAAUACUCCUUUCACCAGUACCAACCAUGUGGUCCUUGAUAGUAUCUACUUCAGCCGUCGAUUCCAUGUCCGUUGUGUUGCUAAAGCAGUGGACAAGGCUGGCCAUGUGGGAACACCACUGAGGAGCAAUAUUGUUACCAUAGGAACGGACAAUUCAAUAUGCCACACACCUGUGGUGGCAGGGACAGCAAGGGGAUUCCAGGCCCAAUCCUUUAUAGCAACCCUGAAGUACUUGGAUGUCAAGCACAAGGAACAUCCCAACAGAAUCCACAUCUCGGUGCAGAUUCCUCACCAAGAUGGUAUGCUGCCUCUGGUAUCCACCAUGCCACUGCAUAACCUUCACUUCCUCUUAUCGGAAUCCAUAUACAGGCACCAGCACAUCUGUUCCAACCUGGUUACACUCAAGGACCUCAGGAGUAUUACAGACUCUGGAUUUCUAGAUUAUGUCAUCUAUGACUCCAUCACCUUUGGGCCUGGAUAUGAUCGGCCAUUCCAGUUUGACCCGAAUGUAAGAGAACCCAAAACCAUUCAGCUGUAUAAACACCUGAACCUAAAGAGCUGCAUCUGGACAUUCGACGCCUACUAUGAUAUGACAGAACUUAUUGAUGUCUGUGGUGGCUCCGUGACAGCUGACUUCCAGGUUCGAGACUCUGCCCAAUCAUUUCUGACCGUGUCAGUGCCUCUGUAUGUGUCUUAUAUUUACGUUACAGCACCAAGAGGCUGGGCUUCACUGGAGCAUCACACUGAGAUGGAGUUCUCAUUCUUUUACGAUACUGUUCUGUGGAGAACAGGAAUUCAGACCGACAGUGUGUUGUCAGCACAGCUUCAGAUAAUACGGAUUUACAUAAGAGAAGAUGGUCGUCUUGUCAUUGAAUUCAAGACCCAUGCAAAAUUUAGAGGACAGUUUGUGACAGAUCACCACACGUUGCCAGGACAGAAGUCUCAGAUUGUGGCCCCUGACCAUUUAGGAGGCAUUGAAUUUGACCUUCAACUUAUCUGGAGCACUCAAACAUUUGAUUCUCCAUAUCAGCUGUGGCGGGCAACUAGUUCCUAUAACAGAAAAGACUAUUCGGGAGAGUACACCAUUUUUUUGAUCCCCUGCACUGUCCAGCCCACGCAGCCUUGGAUUGACCCUGGUGAUAAGCCAUUGGCCUGUACAGCACAUGCUCCUGAAAAGUUCCUUGUCCCAAUUGCAUUUCAACAGACAAAUCGCCCAGUACCCGUUGUCUACUCUCUCAACACAGAGUUCCACCUUUGCAAUAAUGAAAAAGUCUUUAUGAUGGAUCCAUCUGAAACUGGGAUGUCUUUAGCUGAAAUGGAUUACAAAGGAGCCUUCUCUAUGGGUCAAAGGUUGUACGGACGUGUGCUGUGGAACCCCGAGCAGAAUCUCAAUGCUGCCUACCAAUUACAAUUGGAGAAGGUGUAUCUCUGCACUGGGAAGGAUGGUCAUGUCCCCUUCUUUGACCCCACUGGGACUAUUUAUAAUGAAGGUCCACAGUAUGGCUGUAUCCAGCCCAAUAAACACUUAAAGCAUAGAUUUCUCCUUUUGGAUCGCAACCAGCCAGAAGUAACUGAUCAGUAUUUUCAUGAUGUACCUUUUGAUGCUCAGUUUGCUUCUGAUGCACCAGAAUUCCAUCUAAUGAGGAGCAUGCCUGGAGUAGAUGGUUUCACAAUGAAGGUUGAUGCUCUUUACAAGGUGGAAGCCGGUCAUCAGUGGUACUUGCAAGUCAUCUAUAUUAUUGGUCCAGAGUCACUGUCUGGCCCACGGGUUCAGCGCUCACUCAGCUACCAGCUCACACGCCAAAAGCGAGAUCUGGUGGAUCAGAAUGGCAAGCUAACACUCGACAACUCUUUAAUUUAUGACAGUGACAAUGAUCAGGUCAAAAAUGGCACCAACAUGAAGAACUUAAGACUGGACUCCGAAGCUUUGGCUCAAACCUUGCGCAAAGAGGCAUCGAUAGGAGGGGCCUCUGCUGCUGUCAUUCUGCUGCUCCUCUUCCUCACUGCUGCUUGCUUUUUAGCAAGAAAAUGUAAGCAUAAGAAGAAAUUGCCCAAAGAGGUCCCAGAGGAAUAUCCUCUGAACACGAAGGUUGAAAUUUGUAACAAAACAUUGAACAGACAUGAGAAGAACUUAAAUGGCAGGCACUGCACCUCAAAGAACAUUAAUAUACUAAAUGUGAAUGACGAUAUCGUUCGAGUAAAAGGUGUCAAGGUUAAGCAGGUAAACCUCAACAUUAAGCUCCAAAAUAAUUUGCAGGAUGGAACUGAGGUUUGAUGAUUGACAAAUUUUAUUACAAAAGCUGUAUUUUUUUGGUUGAGAAUGAGGAUGGAUGAGGGCAAUGAAGAAAGCAGUCCUUAUAAUAAUAAAUAAAUAAAAAUUGCAAUGGAAAGGAAAAUUGUUUGAGUGCAUCCGACUGUGCAGUGUGAUCCAUUUUGCAAUUGAGCUACCUCAUUCUAUGCAAGCAUGCUAAACAUUAAUACAGUUCUCAUUAAAUCAAGUGCAAAACUGAAAAUGGAUGCCUUCGUAUCUACUGUCCCUUUGUAGCCUUUGUUAACAUUUUUCUACUGGUAGCUCAAUCACUGUGCAUGCUUUUAAAUAUUCAUGAUUUUACAUUUUCUGAUGGCCUGGCUGACUGAUCAUUUGAGACGUAUGAACAUGUCUGUAAAAAAUAAACCAUUUCAAGAUACAUGAGCAUUAUUACUUUGUUUCCAGCUAUUCACUCGUCAUGUAAAAGUUUGUUCAUCAUUUGAUGAGUUGUGUAAUUUUCUUUUAAGUGCAAUUCCUUUAUGGAGAUGAGCUUCAUCCAGGUUAACUUGUACCACUAACUGUCAAGUUCUGUGCUUAGCAAUGAUCGUAGCACUCACUGGUUUUAUUUCAACUUGAAAAGCUUUUUCAAUUAUUAUUUUUUAUACUUGUGAUGAAACUUUGGACAGACCAAACUCAGACAGAUAUUGUUAAUUAUUGGAGUAUCAUUAGCAGCCCCCAUGGAAUCUUGGAUUGUGUUAUUUCAAUAUCAGUUUACUAGUACUGUUUCAUGUACUGUUGCUUUUUAUCCUGUGUAGUGGUGUAGUACAAGUAAGCUUCAGUGGUUUUUUUUGUUAAAUUGAAGAUGUGUGACAAAUCAUAUCAGAAUUAUAUUACUGUAUUCACAAGAGGAUCUCAGCAGAUUCUGCUGAUGGUAAACAAUAACACACUACUGUUGUCAGUUAUUUUGUUAUAUUUGUGAGAAAAGAAGCCAUUUGGACUUUGUUUUCACUGUGAGUCAGCCCAGUGAGCAAGCUCUUACCAAGCUAUUGAGAGAUCCAAUUAUGGUAUUGAUUUUUUUCUUUCUUUUCAUCAGUAUGUUGAGCUAAUGAUGAAUAGUCUGACUGCUACGUUACUUAACAUAUUUUCCACUAAUAAAACACAUUUUAUUUUA